CAGAGCUGGGCUUUCUUACUGCUUUUUGCUUUUCAAGUCUAUUCCUUAUUGGUUCCUGGGUUUCAUCUUCUCUUAGACACUCACCAACUGUAGGAGAGAACUGGAUUUUCUUCUUGCUUUUUGCUUUUUAAGUUUCUUCCUCAUUGAUUCCUGGGUUGAAUUGGAUUCCAAAUUCUAUAGUUCCCUCAUUUUCUGAUCACCCAAUAUACUCUUGGACUCUUGGUCCUCUGGUUCAGGGUUCAGCUUCGACUUUACCAUAAGAAAUGGCCAAUCCAGUGGAUGUUUUCGCCGGGGCUGGUGGAGGAUUACUAUUCAAUGUGCUCUAUGAUGGCCUCAAGGAGCUGACCACCACGUAUGUGCUGUUCAAACACGUCCUCAAAAGCGUCAAAUCCACACUCGAAUCUCUGGAGCAAGUGGUUCAAGACAUAGCACGACUUAACGAGGAUCUGGAUCGCCCGGAGGAAGAACUAGCGAGCCUAAAAACCCAACUAGAGGAGGGCAAAGUGCUCGUUGCCAAGUGCGGCAAGGUUCGUGUGUGGAGUGUGUACAAGAAGUACAAGUACUCCAGGAAACUUCUUGGAUGGAAUGACAGUCUUAAAGAACAGUUGAAGAUGCUCAAAGUUCAUGCAAUAAGAGAUGUCAAGGAGGCCUUGACAACGGGGAAGAGAACAGAGAAGACUGUGAGCCAAAUCAAAUCGACCAAUUUCAAUAUAAAGGAGGGAGUGGAGCAAAUUGAGACCAACACCGCAAAUCUACAGGUGGUGGUGAGCCGAGUGGAAGCGGGAGUUUCGAAUAUAGAGGCUGGGAUAAAGCAGAUACAAAUGGAAGCUAAAAUUGAAGCUUCGGGUGCAGUACCUGAGCUUCCAACUCUUACAGUUGGAUUGGAUGGGCCUUUGAGCGAACUGAAGAUGAAGUUGUUCAACAAUGGAGUGUCAAUGGUUGUGCUGACCGCUCCCGGAGGAUGUGGAAAAACCACUUUGGCAACAAAGUUCUGUCAAGAUGAGCAAGUCCAAGAGAAAUUCAAGAACAAUAUUUUUUUUGUCACUGUUUCCAAAACGCCAAACUUCCACCAAAUUGUACAAGAGCUAUACCGAAGCAAGGUUAACAAGGCACCUACUUUUAAAAAUGACGAAAAUGCACGCACGUGGCUGCAAAAAUUUCUGAGGGAAGAAGGACAAAACCCUUUACUGUUGGUCUUGGAUGAUGUUUGGUCUGGAUCAGACUCUUUACUUUCAAAGUUUGAAUUCGAAAUGCAAGAUUACAAAGUUUUAGUGACAUCAAGAUCUGAAUUUCCGAGAUAUGGCUCUUAUGCUUUGCAGUCAUUGGAUUUUGACAAUGCAAUGGAACUCUUUCGUCAUGCAGCAUCCUUGGGAGAAAUAAGUUUGCAUAUUCCACCAGAUAUUUCAAGACAGGUAGUAGAGGGCUGUAAGGGAUUUCCACUUGCUAUAACAGUGGCCGGAAAAUCACUUUGCGGACAGCCUCUAGAGAUUUGGCAGGAAAGACUCAUCAAAUGGUCCGAACAUUCUUCGAUUCUUGAUUCGGAGACUGAAUUGCUUCUUUGCCUCCAAACCAGUUUAGAUGUCUCGAAUAAGGAAAUGAGUAUGGUCAAAGAAUGUUUCUUAGACCUAGGUUCAUUUCCUGAAGAUCAAAGAAUCCCUGUUGCUGCCCUCAUUGAUAUCUGGACUGAGUCCUACGGUUCACUGGAUCAAGACAUUUUGUGUGUUGCAAAGCUCCACCAGAUCACCAACCGAAGUCUAGCUAAUCUUGUAGUCACAAGGAAGGAUCAGCUGCAGGGGGAUGGAUACUACAGUGAACAUUUUGUUACCCAGCAUGAUCUGCUUAGAGAGCUGGCUAUCUAUGAGACAAGACAAGAGGACCCCGGACAUAGAGAAAGACUAAUUAUAAACAUAUCUAAAGACAAUUUUCCGAAGUGGUGGAGUGAACAGAAGUAUCAAUGCAUGAAGGCUCGCCUGUUAUCUAUCUCAACUGAUGGAGCGUUUUCAACAAAAUGGCACGACAUGGAACUACCAGUAGCUGAGGUUCUAGUCUUGAAUUUUCAGACCAAGAUCUAUGCAUUACCCCAAUUUGUGGAGAAAAUGGUUAAGUUGAAGGUACUGGUAGUCACAAAUUAUGGUAUUGUGCCUUCAGAAUUAACAAAUUUUGAAAUACUGUGUACGUCAUCAAAUUUGAAGAGAAUGAGAUUGGAACGCAUCUCAAUUCCAUCCAUAGCCAAGCACCCCAUGCAAUUGAAUGGUCUCCAGAAGAUUUCUUUAUUCAUGUGUAAUAUUGGUCAAGCUUUCAGCAAUGGGUCAAUCCAAUUUUCACAUGCCUGGCCCAAUCUAGUGGAAGUGAACAUUGACUAUUGCAAUGAUUUGGUGGCAUUGCCUGCUGACACCAGUGAUUUGAUUCAUCUAAAGAAGCUCAGCAUCACCAACUGUCAUAAGCUACUUGCCUUGCCUGAAGAUAUUGGAAAGCUGGCCAAAUUAGAAUUGUUGAGGCUAAGGUCUUGUACAGGCUUAGCAAAGUUGCCGGGUUCGACUGGGAACCUCAAGAAGCUAAAAUCUCUUGAUAUAUCUUACUGUUUCAGCAUUAAGGAGUUGCCUGAAGAUUUUGGUGAAUUGAGCAGCUUAAGAGAGCUUAACAUGAGAGACUGCUCAAGAUUGCAAGAGCUGCCUCUAUCAGUUUCAAAUCUGGAGCAUUUAAAAGUGAUAGGUGAUGAUGAGACACAAAGUUUAUGGCAACCCUUCUUACCUAUCAAAGGCACACACAUAGUAGUGGUCAAAGAGAAUAUCAACCUAAAUUGGCUCCCCAAGUUUCAGUUUUGAUAGCUGUGUAUGUAUGGUUCCUUUUCCCCUCAUUUCCCUCUGCUUUUUAGAUUAAAUCUUCUGCUUUUGCAAAAAGCAUCAGAUAUUUUGUCUGCAUAUAUAAUACCAUUGUUGUGUUGUAAUUUUCAGAAUCAAUGUGAUAAUACACAGUAUAAUCCUUCAUGUAA